UCUGACUGGUUGUGAGGAGCAAGAUAAGGGAACAGUAAUGUGCAGUAAUAGUUGGUUAAAAUUCGGUAACUAAAAGGAGCUAUCAUAUAACACUUAAUAGUGAGAUGAUCUGAUGUUUUUUGCUGAGUUGUAGCAUCAUUUCUGCAUAGCUGUGUGUGUGAAGCUCGUUAGACACACAACUAGGACAGCUGAGAUUUUUAUUAGAGAUCCUAGAGAAAUUGAUGUUUGGUUUCAGUUUUCUUGAACUUCAUUUAGAAGAAAAAUGAAGUGCUUUGUAUUUUCAAAAAGCUGGUAAAGGAAAAUUUUGGUUUGAUUCCAAAGUGCAGUAUUCAUAUAUAUAUAUGCAUUUGAUUUUCCACUGAGAGAAAAAUAGUGUUGCUUUAAAAUCUGCACCUUGCCAACUAAGAAAUAUGAUGGAUGCUUUGUUUUUGUUGGUGGAGAAAUAUCUUGCAUUUAAUGCAUCUGGGAUAUACAAAGAUUACGUGACUUAGUACUUAUAAGAAAACGGUUAUCAGGGUUAAUUGAAUUCAAGAUACUUCACUAUGACUAACGAUGGGCUUUUAGGUGGGGUUUCACUGAAGUGGGAUCCCAAAAACCUGGAAAUAUGUACUCGUUCAGUUGAAAAAACCUUGGAGCCUUUAGUUAUUCAGGUUACAACAUUAGUUAAUACUAAAGGACCUUCCAAGAAGAAGAAGGGCCGUUCCAAGCGGGCUCAUAUUUUAGUAGCUGCAGUUGAGAAAGCGAAUGAAAAUUUUAUCCAGCAAGGGCAAGAUAUUGCUCGUGAAAAUCCUGAUAUCCAGCAUGAAAUGCUAUCUGCUGUUGAAGAAGUACAGAAAACAGGAGAAAUUAUGAGCAGGUCAGCAAAAGACUUUGCCGAAGACCCAUAUUCUUCUGUUAAAAGAGGCAAUAUGGUUCGAGCUGCAAGAAGUCUCCUAUCUGCUGUCACUCGACUGCUGGUUUUAGCUGAUAUGGUGGAUGUUCACAGACUUCUGAAAUCUUUGCAAACAGUAGAAGGAGACUUAGAUAAAGUCAAGAAUGCCUCAAGCCAGUCAGAACUAAUAGAAUUGUUUAGAAGGUUUGGGAAAAAUACAAAUGAACUGAUCCAUCAAGCUGCAAAACGUCAGGCUGAACUUAAAAAUCCACAACUACAAGAUGAUCUUGCAGCAGCUCGAGCUGUGUUGAAGAAGAACACUAUGAUGUUGCUAACUGCUUCUAAGGUGUAUGUUAGACAUCCAGAACUCUCUGCUGCCAGAGAGAAUCGGGACUUUAUCUACAAGCAGGUUUGUGAGGCUGUCACCACAAUUAGUGAUGUUGCCCAAGGAAAAGCUGUCCUAAGUGCAUUGAGUGAACCUCCUUACAAAGGAGCUGGUGAGCUUGCAGCAGCUCUUGAUGAUUUCGAUGAAAGUGUUAUAUUAGACCCCUUGACAUACAGUGAAGUUCGAACACGCCCAGGUUUGGAGGAGCAUCUUGAAAGUAUUAUCAGUGGGGCUGCUCUUAUGGCUGAUUCAUCAUGCACUCGGGAUGACAGACGUGAAAGAAUUGUUGCAGAAUGUAAUGCUGUACGACAAGCUUUACAAGACCUGCUCUCUGAAUAUAUGGCUAAUGUUGGAAAGAAGGAGCCUUCUGAAGACUUGGACAAAGCCUUGGAUCACAUGAACAGAAAAACAAGGGACCUCCGUCGACAAUUGCGCAAGGCUGUUGUUGACCAUGUUUCUGAUUCAUUUCUGGAAACAAAUGUCCCUCUUUUUGUUUUGAUUGAGGCAGCAAGAGCAGGUAAUGAGCAUGAAGUUCAAGACUAUUCACAGGUGUUCAAUGAACACGCCAACAAGCUGGUGGAGGUGGCCAAGCUUGCAUGUUCUAUGUCCAGUAAUGAAGAAGGUGUCAAGAUGGUCUGGUAUGCUGCUUCGCAAAUAGAGAGUAUGUGUUCUCAGGUAAUUAAUGCAGCUCAGAUUUUGGCUGCCCGUCCAUGCUCCAAGGUUGCCCAAGAAAAUAUGGAUGCCUUUAAGGAUGCUUGGGAAAAUCAUGUUUGCAUUUUGACUGAAGCUGUUGAUGAUAUUACUACAAUAGAUGACUUUUUAGCUGUUUCAGAUAAUCACAUCUUAGAGGAUGUGAACAAGUGUGUGUUAGCUUUACAGGAGGGAGAUCCUAACACAUUAGAUCAAACUUCUGGAGCCAUUAGAGGACGAUCGGCUCGUGUGUGUAAUGUGGUGUCAGCAGAGAUGGAUAAUUAUGAGACUGGCAUUUACACUGAACGAGUUUUAGAGGCUGUAGCUGUGUUAAGAGACCAAGUUAUGCCCAAUUUUGCCCAGAGGGUUGAAAUAGCAGUUGAAGCCUUGAGCAGCAGUCCACAAAAGGAAGUGGAUGAAAAUGAGUUUAUUGAUGCCUCACGGCUUGUUUAUGAUGGAGUCAGAGAAAUAAGAAGAGCUGUGUUGAUGAACAGGACUGCAGAAGAAUUAGAUUCUGAGACAGAAAUAGAAUAUGAAGAAAAUACCUAUGACACUAGGAGCAAGUCAAGUGCUCACACUGACUUUGAUGAAUAUCCAGAAAUCAGUGGUAUCAGUAAUACUAGAGAUGCAUAUCGCUUUGUGUCUGAGGAAGAAAAGCAACAAAUAGCAGCUCAGGUAGAAACAUUCCGUACAGAGAAAAGCAAAUUUGAUCGGGAGGUUGCUAAGUGGGAUGAUACCGGAAAUGAUGUCAUUGUCCUGGCCAAAGAAAUGUGUGUCAUUAUGAUGGAGAUGACAGAUUUCACACGAGGUAAGGGACCCCUGAAGACAACAAUGGAUGUCAUAAAUGCAGCUAAAAGAAUCUCAGAGUGUGGAACAAAAAUGGACAAACUUGCAAGGACAAUUGCAGACCAGUGUCCUCAGUCUAACACCAAGAAGGAUCUGUUGGCUUACCUCCAGCGAAUUGCCCUGUACUGUCACCAACUGAAUAUCACUAGCAAAGUCAAAGCUGAUGUACAGAACAUAUCUGGAAAUCUCAUAGUGUCUGGGCUUGACAGUGCAACAUCUCUAAUCCAAGCAGCAAAGAACUUAAUGAAUGCUGUUGUUCUUACUGUGAAAGCUUCAUAUGUAGCAUCUACUAAGUAUCCUCGAAGUGUAAGAGUGAGUUCUCCUAUUGUCGUGUGGAAAAUGAAAGCUCCUGAGAAAAAACCACUAAUUCGAAGAGAAAAACCAGAGGAUGUUCGUGCAAAAGUGCGCAAAGGUUCACAGAAAAAGAGCAUUGCUCCUAUCAAAGCCUUGAGUGAAUUUCAUAGUCCAGCAGAUCCUGUAUGAAGUAGAAAAUCUAGAUCCAUUGAGUUCUGAGAGAAUUUAGAUAUUUAAUAAAGUGUGGUAUACCCAAAUAAAUGGUAAUGUGUGUUGACUGUAGUUUUUGUAAAAUCCUCUGAAACUUGUGAAGGAAUAGUCUUGGAGGGUCUUAAUUUUACUCUUUAAUGGUUUUUUUAUAUUACUUUGGUUAAUUGCUACUUCAGGAAGUAUUGAUUUUAUUUAUUUUCAGGUUAAUCAUGCAUGGUUCUAUUUACAUUGUUAAUUACAGAGAAAUGGCUUGAAAUUUCAGCUGAAGAUAUAAACUGUUUUUCUUCAUCUGUUAUUUUCUUUUCAUAAGGACUUGUAGAUAUUUAUGUUUAGAUAUAUGUGUAUAUUAUGUAACAGGUAAUCUUACAGUAACAUGCAAUUAUUUUAGUGGUCUGUAAUACUCGAGAAGAGUCACCCUUAUCCUUUCAAAAUAUUUUAAGUGCAGUCCCAAUAUAUUUAUUAUGAUUAGCAUUUCAGUGUAGUUAUACAAAGAAUGAUAAACAAUUAACUUUUUUGAAAAAAUGGUUUAAACUCAUUUUAAAGAAGGUAAAGAAUAAGAUAUGCAAAAAAAGAUGUAAAGUAAAAUUAAGAUAUGAAUGAUUUAGUGUUAACUGCCAUCAUUAAAAUUCUCAUCUUUGACAAAGUUAUUGCCUGAGUGCAUUUCAACAUAUCUAUCAUAUAAAUGUCUUACUUUAUUGAAUGUAUUACUUAGUAAUUUAUAUCCUACAAUAAGAGAUACAAGCUUUAUAGAUAAAAUAGAAUUUGUUUUAUAAGAAAUAUCAUCUGGUAGUUUCAAAGUUUUCUUCACUUGGCAAAGUUAUUUUUGGAAAUGAUAUCAUCCACUUAGCAUUUAAUAUUCUUUAUAGUCUGUAUUAUAUUAUAUUUCCUAUUAUUUUAAUAUUAAUUCUUCAUAUAUUACAAAAGUUUAAGAAGUUUGCUUGCAAGAUAAACCUUGCCAACAUUUUGAAGCAGAAAGUUGAAAUUUAAAAUUUUGAAGAUUUUUUCAUCAAAGAGUGAAUCAAAGUUAUUCUUCUGUGAUUCAUGAAUUUCAAUAUAAGGGCACUUAAUAAGUGAAAAAUUCAAGCUACAAAGAAUUUUCAGAGUUUGUAAAGAAGUGUGUUAUGCACUUUCAUUUUAAACAUUUCAGGAAAGUUUUAUCCCUUUUAGAAUAUUAAAAUGGUGCUUAGCUUAUGAGUGUAAGACUAAAAGUAGUGAUAAUAGCAGGAGAUUAUCUUAAAUGAAGUUUGUAUUGUUCUUGUACUGAGAUGUAAGGAAGUCAGUUAAUUUCAUUUAGUUGGGUGUAUUUUGUACUAAGCUGUUUGGAGCAUUAAGUCUAAAUGAAACAUACUUGGUUUGGAAAGCUUGUGAACUUGUACAUUUCAAGUAAUCUGUUUUUGGGAAACUAGAAAAUAGUAGAGAUUUGCUAUUUCAUAGUUAUUGUUUUGAAGGAUUUUUAUUGUGGAAGUACGUGAAGGUAGGUUCCUGUGUCAGUGUCGUGUAUCUAAAUAUAGUAAAAUAUGUAUGUAAUUAAUGGUAAAAAAAAAGAAUUGAAAUGUUGGUUUUGUCUUCCUACCUACACCUUAUUACCAUGUCAUCUUUACCAUUCAUUUCUCAGAAUGUUCAUCUGUAGUUCAUUAGCUGUUGUAUUUUUUGUGGUUAUAAAUGCUAUAAGUAUCUACUGUAAACCCUUAAUAAGGUAAAGUUACUGCUUUUAAAAUCAAAGUAUUCCUAAAAAUUGGAGAGCAAUGGAUAUUGGUUGUUGUUCUUGAUUAUGUGUCAGCACUGAAAUGAAAAUACCCUGUAAAAAAUGAUUUUUAAUCAUAGUUCUUAGCAAUUCUGUUAACUUCCAGAAUUUUUCACUAUUGUCAUCAGUAUUUUGGCAUUUUAUCAACUGAAAUAAUCUUAACCACCUUUUUCAGAUAGGAAGUUUACUUUUAAAUUCUGACUUACAGUAAGAAAGAUCUAUCAGUUCACUGUCUGCAUUUAAAUUUUUUCAAGUUUUUAUAGUAGGGUGCAUAGAAUAUGUUUUAUAUAUUUUUUAUAUCUGUUUAAAUUCUGGUUUCCUCAAUUGUGAAGGAUGAAUGAUGUGGAUUUUUUUUUAUAUACAGGGUGUGUUCUUUUCAAACUUGAAGUUAAUUUAUAAGAAAAUAAAGUUGUUUUUUAUUAGAGUUGAGAUAUAGUUACUGUAAUAGCCUUUUCAAAUAUUGUAAAGAGUGUAAACACUUAAGGUCCUCUGUGUUUACAUGACCAUAAAAAAAGUUAAAGAAGAUCUGAAGUGUGGACCUAAGUACAGUUUAACUGAUAGUUCUUGCUAUUUAAUCAUUUUUAACUUGUUAUAAAUCUGUUUUUGUGGGUAACCCUAUAUCUUGGCUGUUAAUUUAUAAGAUUAGACAUUGUUGAAUGCUUAUGGUGUCUUACACAAUUGUUCUCAGAGAAUAAUUGAUUUAGUUGUAUGAGAACCAUGGCUUUAUGUGUAGUCAAAGUGUGUAUUGGUGUUGUCUUCUUCAUAAGAACUGUAAAUCUUAUACAUGUGUUUACUGUUAGCAAAUUAGUAAUUGUCAAAAUAGCAAAUGGUGCAAGUCUUAGAAUUGGACCAAAGCAUCUUUGGAAUGAAACAUGAUAUAUAUAAAAAAAUUUGGUUAACUUUUCAUCAUAAGCUUAGUCAAGGUAGGUAACUCUGAUGUUUGGCGAGUUCCAUAUGAAAGUAAUUUCUAGAAUACUGUUUUUCUACUACAUAGAUGUAUGAAAGCCUGGAACAGAAGUGAUUUAUACUCCUUUAUAGAGACACUUAUUUAUAGAUUUUGUAUUAUUCUCUCCUUGUAACUGUUGAACCCAAAGUAAACUGAUUUUGUCUAGUUGUUUUGCUACAUUUAUGAAGUAAUAACUUCUUUUAAGGUAUGGCAAAUAUGUCACAAAACCAUAAAUAAGAGAAAACAUCAUGAUUUAUUAUAAAUCUGUCAUUCAUCCCUAGCACUCUCAUAAUUCUGAGGCUGGAACAGUUUAAUUGAUUUAAGACUUGGCCCAAGCAUUUAAAAAUUUAUGUAUCAAGAUGCAGUAAUAUAUUGUAAUCUUAAGAGUUGAUUUUAAUUGUUUUCACAUUAUAAGAAUGGUCAGUUUUUAACUACUUUCCUUCACUUUUAUUGGUCUUAAUAGUAGUAAAGCAAUCUUUGUACUAGUAAUGUACUAUAGAUUCAAAUUAUGUAGAUCUAAAAGUGUUAAUCUUUCAAACAGUUGUAAGAACUUGUGAAGUAAAAAAGAAAGCAUAUUUAAUAUGUGGAACAUAAUAAAGCACUAAUAAAAAGAAAUAUGUUAACACUUUUAGAAUUGCAUGUGAAUAUGUAAGCAGGAAAACUGUCAAGUUUAAUAAGCAAAGAUAAUUCUUUUUUACCAGGUUUACAGUUAAUUACAAGUGUUAAUAGGAAAACAUUUUAAGAAUAAACUGUUGUGAUCUUUUGUUGAUACUAUGAACUUGAGGUGUCUUCCAAUUUGGUACCUAUCAGUGAGCAGUGAAGCAAGUAAAUUUCUGGCACACCUUCCCCUAUUUCAUUAUGUUUGUAGGUGUGCAAGAAUAUUCUUAACAUAAAAAACUAAACUAAGAUUUAUUCACUGUUGUUAAUUCAGUAUUAUAAUCUAUCUGUGGUAGAGAAGUUAAACUGCAUCAUGAUGUUGUAACACAAAAUUACUGUAGUUGUUUCAACUAAAAAUGUUCAUAGCCCAAGAAUCUUUAUUUGUUAAUACUUUGUAGGUAUGUAUUUUUUGUAAUCAAAGUAAUUCUUUUUACUUGAAAUAAUUUAAGAGUUGAGAUCUUAUUACAUUAAUUUCCAGUAGAACUUAAUAAGAUGUAUAAGAAUACACUUUUUUGUGAUUACAAAAGCUUUAAGUUAACUAUAUUUCUCUGUAAUAUCAAAUGCACAUAUGUGAAUGUAAUGAUUAUGGUGUUUUGUUAUUUUCACCUAAAAACUAGUCUAUUUUUAUACAGCCAUUAGUUUCUUUCUCCCAUUGGUCAUCUUGUAUUAAGUGCCUCAUAUAAAUGGCUUUCAUUUCAUGUAUGUAUAUCAGUUCAGUAACAUAAUCACAAUAAAAGUAGAAC